AUGCAGCUUACGGACGGUGGUGUGCAGUACCUCAUAGCAGGUGCAAGGGCAAACCUUGGCAUCAAGAAGGGCCGCUACCUCUACGAGGUGAAGCUGGUGGAGUCUCUCAAUCCGGGCGAAGGUCCGCAGGGAUACAGAAGAAGCACUGGAAGAAAUAUAGUGAAGCUCGGCUUCUCCACAGAGGGGUCUCCACUGCUUCUGGGAGACACCGACGACUCUGUCUUCUUCGACAGCGAGGGAUUCUACAAUGCGGAGCAGAAGCGAGAACAAUUCGCCCCGCGCUUCGCUCUUGGACGGGAUCAGACGGUGGCAGUGCUCCUCAACCUCGAUGGAGCUAGCCCGAACAAGAACACCGUGUCUCUCUUCAAAGAUGGCGUUCGCGUUGCGCAGCCGCAGAAGCUGCCGGAGGCACUGGUCGGGAAGACCCUCUUCCCCCAUGUCUGCUUCAAGAACAUGACCCUGCAUGUCAACUUCGCCUCCCCGCUCACGCCGCUAGCCUUCAAAUGCUUCGGCGUCGCCGAAGCUCCCGUCACAGACGCAGUGGUACCAGCGAAGCCGAAGGAUGACAAGUUCGAGGUCCUUUUUCCGAUUGCGGUGCCUGACGAAGGAACCUUUGACUGGCUGGAUGACUUCCUGGCCAAGAACCCGAAGUUUGUUGAGUUGUCCGAUCGCGCCAUUCUGAAGUGGGCGGAGAAGAGCGGCUUCCACUUCGGAGAGGGACAAGCCUGGAAGCACUGCAACGACAAGCCUGACGUGCAGUUCCGAGUGCCCUACUUGGACGACUUCUCCGCUCGGCGGAUGAUCCAGGCCGUGGCCCCUUUGCAGCCGAGAAACUAUGUCGUGAUGGAGGUCAAGUCAAACCUCAUAAAAGAGGAGCGGGAGCAGCUCAUUAAGCGCUUCGCAGAUAGUUGCUACAAGACAGUGGCCCAGGUGGUCAUGGGCGAGCCUCCUGCCGACUUCAAAGAGAAGGUGCACAAGGAGCUAUUGGCGGAAAAGCAGGAGAAAGUAACCCAGGAAUGGAAGAAGCGCAAAGCAGAACGAGAGCAGGAGAGGAUCGCCAGGAAGCGGCAGAAAGAGCUGGAGGAGGCGAAGAAGCGGGCAGAGGAAGAGGCGAAGAAGCGUCUCGAGGAGAUCGAGCGCGCCAACGCGGCUGCCGCAGCUGCGGCCGCCGCCGCAGCAGCUGUGGAGGCAGCAGCCGCUGCGGCAGCUGAAGCAGGUGAGACCGAGAUAAAGCAGGAGGAUGCCGCAGCCGGCGAGGUCAAGAUGGAACAGGCCGAGACUGCAAAGACGGAGGAAGGCGCAGACGCAAAGAAGGACGAGCCCAUGGAGCCGAAGACCGAGGUGAAGCCGGAGGUCAAGGAGGAGGCAAAAGAGGAAGUGAAGGAGGAGGUCAAGGAGGAGGUGAAAGAGGAGGUGAAGGAGGAACCCAAGCCAGAGGAGGAACCAGAGGAGCCAGACGAGCCAUGCCCAGUCGCAGAGCUCGACGAUGCAGACAAGGCCACAUGGUUCAAGAAGAAGGCCGUGUCCGACCUGGCGGCUUGGACCUUCGGAGGAUCCUUCUCGAAGUUCAGCAUCCCAGACAAGGAGGAGGGCUUCGCCGACAUCCGCUAUAGCUGGGCGCCGGAAGCAGGUGCCAAGGAGUACCUGGGGCAAUUCCUUCGCAAGUGUAAAAUCACCACCAAGAUCGAAGACCUUGCUCCGGGAGAGUGGUUCAAGACCAAGCUCACCGAGUGGCAGGGCAUCCUCGAAGGUUGGAAAGCUACGCAGAGGGAGUUCCAAAUGAGACCGCCGCCACCGCCGCCGCCUGCUGCUGAGCCACCAGCAGAGGCUGCGCCUCCGGCAGCAGAUGCCACCGAGCCGACAGCAGAGACGCCUUCUGCGACUGCAGGAGAGGGCGCUGAUGGUCAGGUGCCGCCACCACCGGCACCCCCGCCUCCGGCAGAGUCCGCCGGGGAGGCGCCCGAGGCCCCGAAGGAGGCGACGGCUCCCAAGGCACCCGAGAAGCCCGUCCACGAGGUUGACGUCAUGUCGGUGCAGGAUGUGUGCAACGUGCGAAAUGAGACGCCUCUGUUUGCGCUCUUCACCUUCGAGGAUUGGGUACUGGUCAAUUUGCGAGCUGAGCUCUCGCUCUUGACCCUGGCAUUUCUGCAGGAUGCUGCUGAUCCAGAGCGUGUCGGCAUCCAUGAGUCGAACCUGGGCUUCUACUACCAGAAAUACUUCAAGAAGAGCUUCCUCCCGAAACAGUAUGGCAUGAACACCAAUGUCGAGCUCAUUGAGAAGUUGGUGAAGGACACUGUUGACAUGGCUGCGGACACACAGGUCCUGACCAGCAAGCGCACGCAGGAGGAGCUAGGUGACUUCAGCAUCCUCGUCAAGCUCACAGAGGCCGCUCGGCGAGACAGGCAAAGGAAGCUCGACUCAGGCGAUGAGUCUGUGAGGCUUCAACUGGACGUCCAGGCGCACAUGCCGCCUCCGCCACCUCAGCAGCAGAUGGCACAGCACUACCAGGGGGGCGGGGGUGGCUUCAAGGGCUACGGGAACAGCUAUGGCAUGGACAAAGGAGGCUACAAGGGGGACAAAGGCGGCUUCAAGGGCUACAAAGGAGACCGAGGAUUCAAGGGCGGCUUCAAGGGCGAUGGAGGCUAUGGCAAAGACUUCGGCAAGGACGGCUACCAUCGUGGGUUCGACAAAGGCAAGAAGGGAGGCGACAACAAGGGCUAUGGGAAGAAGGGCAAGGAUACUGAAGUGGUUUCCCCGAGCGGUCACACGAACAGCGGAGCCGCGGAGCCUCCAAGCGGCAGUUACUUCAAGUCGCCCCCGGCGCCAGCCCCCGUCGUCCGGGAGUUUUGUGCGCGGGCCGAUGAGAGCCGAGAUCAGCACGCUACCGCACUACUGCUCGACCUCGUGAAAGGAAGAAAUCCAACUUGGCAGCACACAGGUAACCGAUUGGAUGCUCUGACAGAGGGCCGACGCGCUCGGCUAGUUGUUAUUGGUCUGCAGCUUGGUAUGCGGGCGCUUGCAUCUGACGAAAAGGCUGCACAUGAAGGUGCGCAGCAGGACUCUGCCAUCGAGUAUUUGCUGGCCCUGCAGGCAACCCCUCGCAGCACGCCGCGGCGAGCCCCAAUCUGCUGCGCGCCGGGCGCCUUUGCAGUGUGCAGCGUGGAGAAAUGCGGCUGCGUCGAGGAUGUGGCGUGUGCUGAGAUCGAUGAGUCGUUCUCCACACAGGCCUCGGACAUUUCGGAGGAGGCAUCUGCCAGCGGCACGGUAGCUUCGGCGGUGAGGGUGAAGCCCUGGCAGUACGUGGAGGAUUUAUGGGGGCUUGUCGCGCAGUUUCGUCGCAGUGAUGGCCAGACGGCCUUGCAGGGCGGACUGGACGCCGACCCACUUUUCAACUCAAGCUUCAAUGGUCCGUCCCGCACAACGAUGCUCAGCGUGAGCGACGAGCACCUCCAGUGGUGGCUGGACAAGGGCGACGGCCGGAACGACGCUUGGCAAUUCGAAAUUCACUUUUGUCGGAGCUCGCAGCGAGCGUGCCGCCAGAGCCGACGAGGACGGGGUCGGGAUUUCCACACAGACAGGUUCCGUCUCCUGACCUACGGCGACUUGACUGGAAAGAAGGUUGAUUGGCUCAAGACGAGCCCUUCGAAGAAAUAUGUGGAGGAAGAGCUGCAGAGGCUCGCCAAUCUCCCCACGGGGAAGGACAAGGGUGGCGAUGGUGCAGCUGGAGCCGGGCUGGGGUUCGGCGAGGCCCUUCUUCCUCAGCCAGAUCCCUCGGAGGGGGACGAGGCCCUGAAGGGGCUAGCGGACCUUGAGAAAGAAAUUGGUCAGGGAAAGCCUGGCCGAAGGAAGGGGGCAGAAAAGUCCAAGGGCUUACCCCCCAAGGGGGAGGCUGCCGACAGAGAGGACACCGAGGUCAAGAAGAAGAAGAAGAAAAAGAGGAAGAGAGCCGAGGCCGCUGCCGCCCAAGGGCGAGCUCAGAGCGCUCCAGCCCGAGCCGGCGGAGGAGAAUGGUUUGGGCAGCCAGCCCGGGAUCCAGAGGAGAUCAAGAGUAGCAGUUCGGUAACGAGCCGAAGCACCACGUCAGAUGACAAGAAGAAGAAAAAGAAGAAGAAGAAAAAGGCGAAGACCAAGACCGCCAAAGACAGAGGCCCUUUUGGAGCUGGGGCCAAGUUGAACUAUGGCACUGUCAUCCCUGAGUCUGGUGAGUCUUCCGAUGACAGCCAGCUUUUUCGGGAGGGCCCCUCGUCCGGAGGAACCAGCCUGCAGCUUCAACUGCAGGAGUACGCCCUGAAGCGUCCGGGGCGCCUGGCUUCCAGACUUCUGCAAAAGAUGCAGGUGAUGGUCGCGAAGGAGGGGGGGCCGAUGACAACCGCUGCACGCGACAGCAGGACACCGCCGGUCGCAACAAACUGGAUGCUCACGGUGAUGAUGACAAAGCAGCCGGUGAUGAGGCUGGCCCGCGAGAUGCGCACUCUGGCCAUGGCCCUCGACGAGAUCGCAGCAGGACGCUACCAGCACGCGGCCGACGUCAUAGCCCAGCGCCUGAAGGCGCUCGAGCUCUUUCAGAACGACGGGUCGUGGAACCGCGCCCAGUAUCUGGAGCUCCUGGAUGCGGAGGGGCCGAGCCUGCUGGGGCGAGACGAGGCGGUGAUGGCCUCCAAGGAAUGGGCAGGAGAGUUAAGGAUGAGGAAGCUUCAGUCGAAAGGGGGCGGCAAGGCAGAGCCGCGAGGAGACCCGAAGGGCCCGGACAAGGGGGAUCCAAAAGGAGGGAAGGAUUCCAAGAAAGGGCAAAGGCUGAGGCCGGUGAGGAGCAAGAGCGAGCCACAGCCUUUUUGGGACGAACUGUGCGAGGGAAUGCUGGACUUUGACCUGGGCGACCUGGGUGAUAGUGAGGAUGAGGGCCUCGCCACGGGGAAGAACCUGGCAGCUCAUUGGGCUAAGCUAGGGCAAGCUCUCCCAAUGGAGGAAUGGCGAAAGAAGAUGAAGGCGGCGCUAGACCGAGAGCCUGCGGUGAGACCCGUUGGCAGGCUUCUUUUUGAUGCAGGGAGUACGCCAAUCCGGACGAGUUGCCUCAGGGCGCCGAGCCCGCCUCUUCCAGCUCCCGUCCAGAACGACAUGGCGACCUCCUCCCGAUACACCCUGGGCUUGUGGUCGAAGGGCUGGCCAGUCUGUGUCCCGAUGGGUGCCACACUCUACCAGAACCAGAAGGUGGCCAUCAAGAGGGUCAUCAAGGCAUGGCCCCGGCAAGGAACGGCUGCUGUGGUGGACUUGAAGGGCUGCCUCCCCGAGGAGCUCCAGGAGGCGCUCGACCACCCGGAGGAUUACCUUCUUCCUGAGGCCGAGCUUCCCGAGCGGCAUAGAGGGUCUCGGGUGCGCGCAUCUGAAGAGGAAUGGUUUAAGAUUGUGAAGUCCGGUUACGACCGAGGAAUGUUCGUGGCAGUGAGCGAUUCCGAUGUUCCCGUUGAUAAGCGGGGGCACCUCAUCACAAAUGGUGCCGGGGGCGUGGCAAAGGUGAAGCAUGAAGGUGGGCAGGUGAUUGAGGCACAGCGCUUCAUUUCGAUCCUCUGCCCCACCAAUGACGCCAUGCGCCUUUUGCCGGGCGCUCAGGAUCAGCUGCCCUACAUCGGGCAGCUCACGGCAAUCUUGGCCGAUAAGGACUCUUAUUUGGUCCUGGAUUCGGAGGACCUCCAGUCGGCGUUCAAUCUCUUCCGGAUGCCGCUCCAAUGGGCACCCUUCUUCAGUUUCGCCCAAAAGGUCCGGGGAGACGCUCUUGGAGGGUCGCGGCAUGAAAAACUGCGACCUGCCCUCCGUGUCGUGCCAAUGGGGUGGACCUCGGCUGUUACUCUGGUCCAGGCCGCCAUACGGCACAUCGCAUACAAGAUUGCGAAGAUUCCUCCCCACGGGGAUGUAACCAUGGACCAGGCUUUGCCCUCGAGCUCCUCGAUGACCGUCCUCUACCUUGACAACUUUGAUGAAAUCCGUCACGUGAAGAAAGAGAUAGCGGUAGAGGAGUCGGGGCAGCCCUCGCCAAACCAUGUGAAGUUUAUCGAGGCUUGCGAGGCCCUUGGCUUGCCACGGAAUCAGGCGAAGCAGCUCUCAGGAGCUCUCAGCGGAACCCUCCAAGGAGGAGAGAUAUUGGGAAGAGAAAAGAUCAUCCGGCAUGCAUAUGAGAAGACGGUGGAGCUUAUCAGCUUGGGCCGGGAAGGCAGCCUUCGCUGCGGCGUUUCGGAGGUCUAUGGUGCGCUGGAAGUGCCACGGGGCGGGGCGGACCUCACACUCCCCCUGCCGGUCAUCGACGAGGUGAUGCUUUUCACCGGGCUUCUCCCGCUGGCGGAGACCGACCUGUCGUCUGAGCUCUCAGGGGAGAUAAGCUGCACCGAUGCGUCGCCGACCGGGGGCGGAAGUUCCGUGGCAACUUCCUUCAAGGAUAAGGCCCUUAUCCUGCCCGACCCGAUCGAGGACCUCAACUUUUGCGGCAACUGCCACAAGGAGCUCUCCGAACCUGUGCCGCGGACCUACAAGUGUACCAGGCGGUGUGGUCUGAGAAUGUGCUCCCUCCGGUGUGCGAGAGCCCACCAAGAGACGUGCUCAAGGAAGUGGUGGCACUCCCCGAGUUUUGGCGAGAGGUUUUCCGGAAAGGGCUACCCGAUGUCAAAGGCCAUGGGGCUGAAGGGCAUCGCGAUGCAAACCCCCCUCGACUACGACGUCCCAGGCGACCAAUGGGACUUCAGGACCGAUGAGGGGAAGGAGCGCCUGGAGGAGGCCGAGCUCGAUGGCGAUCUCAUGUGGUCCCAUUGGUCACCAACAAGGGUGAGCUUCUCUAAGUGGAGAGGACAGGGCCAUUGGGAUCACAACGGACGUUGGGAUUAUGGCCUCCCUCGCCUUCGGGACCGAGAACAUCCAGAGGGCCUUCCCAGGUUACGUCAGCAUGAGAAUGUCACGGUGAGGCAGGCGAAUGCGAUUGCGAAGCGGGCCCUAAGAGGCCUUGUUGAGGCCAAGCGCCGUGGGCGUUUCGCCUCGUUGGAGCAUCCCUACGAUUCCUUUUUGUGGGACCUGCCCGAGGCCAGAGCUCUCUACGGAGAAGGUUGGCACUGGAGUGUGUUUUCGUGCUGCUGCUUUGGUGGCACAAAGGAAAGAUGGCUGGGAAUGCUGCACAAUUCGGCAUCGGUCCAUGCCGUCCUCAACCAGCCAACGUGCACCUGUGUUCAAAAGCGACCCCAAGUCGGGUUUGAAGAGGACGAGGGUGAAGACGAGGAGUACCCCUGGCACCUGUGUCUCACCAUGGCAGAAGGAGUGUACGACGAGCUCACCUCUCUGUACACAGAGCCUUUUGGGGCUCGCCCCCUCUCGCUGGAUGGUCUCAUCAAGCAUCAGCUGCAGGGGUCCACUCGAGGCUUGCAGCAGCAAGCUGCAGUGGACUGGGCAGUCCACCAGUGCCUCACCUUCCUCGAGACCAUGGACACAGGCCAGGAAAAGGAGCACCUCUCGUGGCUGCUUCGCCACACCAACCACACAGGCUGCGACGUCAGGUUGACAGACAGGGGAGGGGACGUGAUUGGGAACCGCCCCGGACCGUACCCGGCCUUCCGAUGGCACUGGCGAGACGUCCUGUCAUACCGCUGGAAAGAAGAGCAGCACAUCAACGUGCUGGAGAUGACGGCUUUCCUCACAGAGCUGAGGCGAAGGGCGCGCAAUGCAGAUGAGCUUGGGAAGAGGUUCUUCUGCAUCAUCGACUCCCUCGUCUCCUUCUACGUGCUGGGAAAGGGAAGGUCGUCUUCGAAAAGAUUGAACAGAGUGAGCCGCCGCAUUGCCACCUGUGGACCAUCAGCAAAUGGAAUUUUUCCGAUGGUGCGUCAAGGAAAUACGAGCCGAAAUGAUCAUCUUCGGUUCCUGGGGAUCACUGCAAAAACCAGACGCUCUUACGAAACGGCUGUGGCGGCCUUCUUUGCUUAUGUUCGCGCCCUACGGGGCAGGCUUCCUGCGACCAUGCAGGCUCUUGAUGAUGAGUUGUCAGAAUACAUAAAUCAUCUUUAUCAAGAGGGUGACACGCUGACUCAAGCGGGAUGGACGGUGAGCGGCUUGAAACGCUUCUACCCCCGCUGCCGGCCACAUCUCCUCACCUCACAGGUGUUUCUUCGAAAUUGGCAAAGAGUGCAUCUUCCCAAACGCACUACGCCAAUGACCUGGCUCGGGGCAAAAGCCAUGGCGGCAGCGGCGCUUCAGGUUGGCCGCCCCGAUCUGUCGUUGAUCAUCUUUUUGGGGUUCGCUUUCUUUCUUCGCACUAUGGAGCUCCUUGCCCUGCAGUCUUCUCAUGUGAGACUUUUUCCUGAAGAUGGAACUGUGAUCAUUGCCAUCGUCUCCUCGAAAACUUCCCGGGGGCUUCAACAAUCUUUAUCCCUUCGGGAACCCGGCCUGGUCGCGGUUCUCCAAUUUCUCUUUGACCGGGCACGCCCGAGUGGUCUCCUGUACCAAUUUUCAGUGGCCGCCUUUAGGCGGGAAUUUUCUUCUUUGGUGAAGGCCAUUGGUCUUGAGCCUUCCGAAUACCUUCCCUAUUCCCUCAGGAGAGGGGGUGCCACUGAAUUCUAUCAGCGCACUCAAAGCCUUGGUCGCACUAUGGUGCAGGGAAGAUGGAAGGACUCUCAAACAGCUCGUAUCUACAUCGACGAUGCGAGAGCCACGUUGGUGCGCCUUCUUUUGCCCCCGCCCACCACUGCCCGUCAGACUUCUUUGGCUUCUCUAUGGCGGGCGCCAGGCCCGGCCCACGACACCGCCGUCCCGGCUCUCGACGGCUCAGGUGGGACCCCGGUCUUUGAAAUCUCAGAGGUCGUCAUCAAGUCGCACCCGUGUUCACAGGUUCCUUCGCGCCGGCCCACGCAGGUGCUCGUCCCCCCUGGCCGGCUCACCCAGGUUCAAGUCAUCUCGGACCAGGUGACACCCGCGCAGGUGCUGUCGGCGCGGAGUGAUGUCAAGGCCCCACGCAUCUCCCAGCUCAUUGCGGUGCCUUCCGCUGGUGGUUUGCCACAGGUGGUGUCGCCAUGCUCGUCGACACGCUCAGCCCCCACCUUGACGGAGUCUCGAAGCCUUGUGACGCUGCGACCGCCGCGAUGGUCAUCGGCCAAUCCGCAGCUGCCUACUGCAUCGCGUGUGCAGGUGAUCACUUCCGCGGUCUCGUCCAAUGCGACGCCAGUGAGCACUCCUCGCUCGGUCCGGACUACGCAGGCUGUGCUGGUGCCGCCGGGGCCCGGGAGUGCGACGCUGAACCGGAGCCAGAGUUGGCAGCCGCAGGCGACGCCCCAGAUGCCGAGCCAGCCCAUGCGCUACACCAUGGGUGCACAGGCCCUGGUGAGCUAUCAGCCACCUUCGGUCACCCGCCCACCCAUGGCUCAGGUCGUUGCGGUGCGCUGA